CCGCAAACUGUGUACGGAAGUAGAUCUGUUGCUGUUUCUACCUUCUUAAUUUUUUCUUCCAAGAGCCACCUCAUUCUUGCACAAUGAUAGUCGGUAGCUUCAUUAUUUAUUUUAUAAUGAUGUACCCUCUAAUUCUGUGAAAGACAGUAGUUUACUUAAUUAACGGUCGGCAAACUCCAACGAGUCAAAGAAAGUUUAGAAUGAGCUCUCAGGAUGUUCUGAAGGAUGCGUCCACUCUGGCGUCCUAUAAUGUGUUACUACAGGUGAUGUUUCGUGUGCUCACCUUCUUGCUGAAUGCCUUCACACUGAGGUUUGUGUCCAAAGAGCUGAUCGGAGUGGUCAAUGUAAGGCUCACACUACUGUACUCUACAUUAGUAUUCCUGUCCAGAGAGGCUUUCCGGAGAGCCUGCCUGAGUGGAGGAUCUGGGACAAACCACAGCUGGAGACAAGUUAUCAAUUUACUGUGGCUGACGUUACCACUGGGUAUAUUAUGGUCCAUCCUUUUGGUCUGUGUGUGGCUGUGGCUCCUGGAGGCCCCAGACCCCCAGACCGUACCCUACUACGGCCCCGCUGUGCUGUUGUUUGCCUUUGGGGGGUUACAGGAGCUUCUGGCUGAACCACUGUGGGUCCUGGCUCAGGCUCACAUGUUUGUGCGAUUGAAGGUGGUCGCUGAGAGCCUAGCGAUGAUCGCUAAGUGCAGUAUAACUGUGGUGCUGGUGGUGUUUGCUCGUCAAUGGGGCCUUUACAUCUUUUCUGCUGCUCAUAUUGUUUACACAGGAUUCCUGGUGCUGUGUUACACUGUUUACUUCCUUCAGUUCUUGGGGUCUAAAGAGGCAACAAAGAAGAAUUUUCCACUGCAUAAUGUUGGAGAUCUGCUUCCAUGCAUAGUUGAUGGAGAGCCGCUGAUUGACUGGAACCUAGCGCAGCUCACAUGGAGCUUCUUCAAGCAGUCGUUCCUGAAACAGAUCCUCACAGAAGGAGAGCGUUACGUCAUGACCUUCUUGAACGUACUGAGCUUUGGAGACCAGGGAGUUUAUGAUAUCGUCAACAACCUGGGCUCCAUGGUGGCGCGCUUCAUCUUCUUACCUAUUGAGGAGAGCUUCUAUGUAUUCUUUGCUAAAGUUUUGGAGAGAGGCCGUGAUGUUGAAAGUCAGAAACGGGAUGAAGUUGCCAUUGCUGCUGAGGUCCUGGAGUGUCUGCUGAAGCUGGUGCUCGUGAUCGGACUGAUUAUCACAGUGUUCGGCUACGCCUUCUCUCACCUGGCUCUGGAUAUGUAUGGUGGCUCUCUGCUGAGCAGCGGAGCAGGACCCGCUUUGCUGAGAAGUUACAGCUGCUACGUCCUCCUGCUGGCUGUUAAUGGUGUAACAGAGUGCUUUGUCUUUGCUGUAAUGAGUCAAAAAGAAGUUGACAAAUAUAACCUGGUCAUGCUCGGCCUGUCGGUGUCGUUCCUCUUCUUGUCCUAUGUGUUGACAUGGUGGGCUGGUGGUGUUGGCUUCAUAAUGGCCAACUGCCUUAAUAUGGGCCUCCGCAUUUUGCACAGUCUGCUUUACAUUCAUCGAUACUUCCGGUCCAGUCAGUGGAGGCCUCUGCGAGGUCUGCUGCCUUCUGCACUCACACUGCUGGCUCUGGUAGUCAGUGCAGUCGUCACAGCGUUGUCUGAGCGUGUUUUCUGCUGUGACAGCGGCUGGUUUUUCCGAUUCGUCCAUAUCAGCGUGGGAGCUGUGUGUCUGCUCAUUGUGCUUGUUACGGUGUUUUUCACAGAAACACGACUUAUUCAGUUCAUCAGGACUCGGCUCUUGCCCCUGUACACAAAGAAACACCGUUAAAUCCGAAAGGAAAUGAUUGUACCGGACCAGAAGAAACCUUCUGCUUAAGACCAAACAGGAAUGACAAGAAGGAACAACUUUUUCAAAAGAGACUUCGAUUUUUACCUGUGAAUGUAUUUUUAUGUUUUCAGUGGAUCAUUCUUCCUUUGGAGAAGAGAAGUAUUGGGAUACUGUUGGGCUGUUUUGGGAUUAGAUUGGGGGUGAAAAAGAGGUGAAUAUAUUUACAUUUCAGUUUACAAGUUGUUUGACAUAAGUGAACAACUUCAUUUUUAUUUGUGAAACUAAAAUAAAAUGACAAAAGUACCUGAAAAAAACCUAAUUUAAUUCUGAAAUGUACACAAAAAACAAAACAUAUUUUAAAUACUAUAUGAAAAAGAAAAGCAAAUUUAUUUGGUGACUCAAAUAAAAUCUGCAACACAC